UCCAUGGAGUUUCCCGUCGCGGAGUUCUGGUAUCUCCUGUGUCUGGUGUGUUUUUUAACGCGGUUCAAAGUUCAAAACAUUGAAAGUCCCAUUCUUUAUGUACGCAAAUGCAGCUAUGACCACAAAAGCUGAGAUCACUCCUACAACGGCUCUCGGACUGCUUCUAGUCACUUUUUGCGUAGCCCAGCUUCAGGUUGAAGCUACGGAGAUCACGCUGCUCGAAAUUUCCAAAUCGGUGAUCAAGAGUCUGACCAACUGCGACGAGAAGAAUGUGACUUUGAGUGUGUGCCUGAAGAAGAGGUCCGUGAUCUUGCUCGAUAAGUACUCGCGGGCCCCGGAUCCGAUCAGUUUGAUGAGCGAUUCUUUGAGUCUGGUGAAAAGCGAAGUCUCGGUGAAUUCGACGGAGAGCAACCGGUCGAUGGGCGAUUCUGGUUUGACGCCGGAAAAACUGGACGAGUACCUGCCCGCGGAAGAAAGCUCUCGUCAGAGGGUGCUUGACGCUUUACUCGUGGGUUCCGUCUCAAAGUUUCUUCAGUCUCGAUCUCUUCAAGUCAAGCUGCCUCAGUUUUUGGCCCGCUACAUUAGUUCCGGAUUAGACGAAGGUCGAGGAAAAAAGGCGGAAAAGUACUACGGGGCUUUCAUUCUGGGAGCGAUGUUGGUGGCAGGGACAUUGAUCCCGAUCAAGAUGGGGACGCUCGCGCUCAUGAGUGGAAAAGCGUUGAUGACCAGCAUGCUAGCCCUCACCCUUGCAGGGAUUGUAGCUGUCAAGAAGCUCAGCGAGCAACCACCCAAACCUGGGACGACAACUUACGAGGUAAUCAACGUCCCUGCAGGAGGGGGUGGUCACGGACAUCACGGACGAAGUUUGCCACUUUCGACGAUACCACCGGAGAUCCUUGAAUCCGCACAUCUGCCCAAGAUUGUCAGCCCUCAAUCGGAUACUGGUCCUUACUCUGCCUAUAAAAGUUACGUUUAUAAUGACUCAGUCAAUAUGGAAUCUGACUAUGUCUCGUGAUACUUGAUAUAGAGUCGAGCUAUUUUGAACUGUGCGAAUUUUAACUUUAAGUUUAAUUUUCAAUUUUAAACGUACUGAUAAUUUUUGAAGCAUAUGCCCGUUUGAUCCCUACCUUGAAAACUUCUCGUUCCGUGAUUCGCUUUUAAAAAUAAUGUUAAUACUUUUUACACAUUUUCAGCAGUCAGCUCUAAAAUCAGUUGUCUUAGUUCGAGUCCAAUGAUACUGCAACUUAGUGGCAGUUAAAGUAUUUUAGAGUGAAUUGAGUUGAAAUAUAGAUCCCAAAUUAGAGUCAAAGUUGCAUGUAUUUAUAUGGAAAAUAAUGAUCCUUGCCAUUAGGACAUAAACUCUAUAACGGUGUAUUUUUAAUAGUAUCAGGGCCCAGGUCACAAUUAAGACAGUUUCGAAUGAUUUUAAUAUGUUUGGGACGUACUGAAAUCAAAAUGAAAUAUCUCUCUUGUGACAUGAGCCCUCUCAUGCAUUUACUCUUAUGGAUCUCAAGGUCUAUAAUUUUCUUACCUUAGAAAAAUUAUUCAUUAGUUCAGUUUCUCAGAUUUUUACAAUAGUACACGAGUGCUAACUUGACACAAUCAAACCACGAUUGUAAUUUACAUUAAACAACUCCCUGUGCUGACUUCCCAAUUCCCAUGCUACCUCAGCAUUCAAUUACGCUAAAAUGCCUUUUUUUCCUCGUCUUGUGUCCUUAACUCACGAGAAAGUCUAGGGAAUCAUCCAACAGACUUUUUUUUUUAAAAAAAUUGAAACUAGGGUGAUGUCUUUUGUGUAAAAAUCUUUGGUAUUUUGAUGUUCCCCCGUUUAUGAUAGAGGUCAGGCUGUAAAUAAAGUUUUA